AUGGCAGCUCCAGGCGAAUCUUACAUUGCAGCCUUUCCAUCAAUGCCGAAGCCUUAUAUUUCCUAUGGCUUGACAUUUGAAAAGGCUUGUGCUCACCAUGCUGAGAACACAUUCCAUGCCUCGCACAUUUACAUCGUUGUGUCCAAUUCUAUUAGCAAGACCGAGGCAUUUACAGCCCUUCAGACAGCCCUUGCCAACAAGAUUGUUGGAGUUCGCUAUGGCAUUCUCCCACAUACUCCUUUAGAGGAUGUGCUAGCGCUAGCUGAUGAUCUGAAUGCAAAGAGCCCAGAUCUUAUCAUUACUCUUGGGGCAGGAUCAAUCUCAGAUGGUGUGAAGCUAGCUCGCCUCUUCGCGGCGAACAGGGUGUCAGACACAGGAAGAGCAUACGAGAUCUUUGACAAAUGUAUCGUAGAUCUUUCUAACCUAGUUACGACCGCCGUCGGUGUUAAACCGGCGACUAUUCCUGUUAUUAACGUGCCAACGACCCUGUCGGCCGGUGAGUUUACUCCGGCCGGCGCGGCAACAAACAUGCAAACAUUUGAAAAGAGGAACCUGAUCCACGAGUCCGUAAUAGCCGACAUUAUCGUGUUCGACCCCGCGCUGACAGUGUCGACCCCGGAAUUGACCGCCGAACUUCCCAACGCCCUUCGGAGCCUGUUGGCGGGCUUGCUGAAAACUAAUCAGAAGUGGGAUGAUCUUGAUGCGCGCUUGCAGACGCAGCUCGCGCUCAAGACUUCUGUUAAAUCCUUAUCUUGCGGUAUGGGCGCUAGCCAUGGUAUAGGACACCAGCUUGGUCCGAUGGGUGUGGGGCACGGCGAGACAAGCUGCAUUAUGCUUCCGUUCGUGAUGAAGUACAACUGGGACCACGGCGACGGAACGGUUCGAGACUCACUCCGAACGGUAGCAUCGGCGUUCUGGGACGAGCCAGCCGUCUUCGAGGCCCUCGGCUUAAAGGAGGUGGACAGAGACUCCACCAACCCGGGAGACCUGAUGGCAGCAUUUAUCAGCGCCCUAGGGUUACCGCGGAGCCUGAGCCAGUUCGGUAUCGGAAACGAUAAAUUUGAGCUCCUAGCGGAGAACUCCUUAACAGAUCCGUGUACACUUGUCAACCCAGUGAAGCUUGACAAAGAGAAAAUCGUCGAGAUACUUCAGAUGGCAGCCUAGGGGGCAAUGGUCUAUUGUCCAGACAUCUUGUUAUGAGCUAUUUGUAACUUUAUCACUUCACCGAUCAGGCAACUAUAAUCUUAAGGAAGCCAUACAUAUGCAAUGUUGGUCCAGUAUGGAUUUCAGGUGAUGGCUAAGUACAUGAAUAGUGAAAUUCUAGGUCCUGAAAACAUCAACAUACACACAUAAUCAACUACUUAUACGCCUGUAUCUAGAAGGGGCGAUUGUUUACUACUAACUGCCUACGGGAACAUAAAGUUAACAGGAACAUUACAGUGGCAUACGAUCAGACA